CUAGAUAUUCGUGCAAGAAGCCGUGACUCAGACAGAAGUGACAGUUGUGUGACAGUUUGGCGAGCGAGGUUAACUCGGGCGAGAAGCGAAAGUCGUCGAUUUCUUCGUCAGCAGUCCCGAUCAAACCUCUAAACACUUGAAAAUCAUAAUUGGAAGACACGAUGACACCAAUUAAGCGUAAUCCGUAAUUAUCAAUUGCAUCAACAAUUGACUAAACCGCGAUAAAAAUACCAUAAGAUAUAGUCAAAGGUGCGAUGCAUUAUUAAUAGUUCAGUUAGGGAUUCUUCCACACGUUUUUCGUCGCUAUGGUGGAAGCAGCUGGAUGUGGCGAAUUGCAGCAGUUGGUUCAAGAGGAAGAAUGCGAGGAGCCGCUCAGCCACGGCGGAGAAGCUACUCCUCCGUCGACGCCAGCGAGAUCUCAACGUCCAGGCAAAACUGAAACGCAUAAUUCCAACGUAACGCAACAAAUACUAUGGGAAAAUAACACACAAACAUCGCCGAUUAUUAGUAAAGGAAGCUCCGGUCAAGGGACAAGUCAAGGCUCCAUGGUUUCCAGUCGAGCUGCUAACGCUUCAAGUUACACUGGCAAUCAGUCUCGAUUGAUGUACCUUAAUGAGAAGGAAAAGCAGAGGCCUAGUCGGCCGGAUCCACCGAGAAUUGUGAGGCAGCAUAAAGCCGUGGUGCCAUGCAAACACCAUUGCUUUCUGUCAGAGGUACCCGAUGUCCGCCAUAUGGAGCAAGCUCUGCUGCAAUUGUUGGAAGACUUUCACAGCGGCAAUUUACGAGCAUUUGGAAAAGACUGUAGUAUGGAGCAGAUGACGGAGAUACGAGAGCAGCAAGAACGUUUAGCCCGGCUGCACUUUGAGCUGGGCCAACGGCAAGAAGUGGGUGGCGAGCAAUCAGGUCUCCGACAAUCGAGCGCGAAUAUGCGGCAUUUGCUUCAUCGUCUCCAACAGCUGAGUGUUUGUAUAGAAAAAUUGCAUAGCAAAUGACUACCUUAUAUUUACUAUUACAUAUUGUUAUAAAUUCUUGUAAUGAUAUUCGGGGAACGUACACCAUUAUAUUGUUAUAUACAACUUUUAUAAAAAAUACAUUGCUAAAUAUAUAUAGUAUAAAUAAAAUAUAUGUAUAUAAUAUAUAAAGUACUUUAUGUUGACCUGCUAGAGGAGAGAAUCGUAAAUGUAAUCUUAGGUAUAUGAUUAUUGUACGAACGUAUUUUUAUGUAUACCUGAAAGGAAAGUGUAGAUAGCGUAAAAAUAUUGUUAUAAGAAUAUAUAUUAAAAAUUUGAAA